CUGGGUGAAGAAAAUGUUUCUGAACUUGCUGUUCAGCGUCGCUUUUGUGGCGGCAUGCACUGCUCAAGAUAAGACAACUGUGGUAAUACUCGGUGGUGGAAUGUCUGGUGUCAUGGCAGCCAAGACGUUGAAUGAUGCAGGGAUAACAGAUUUUAUCAUUGUGGAGUCACAGGCAGAGUUAGGGGGGCGAAUGAAAAGGUUUGAUUGGAUUGAAGGCAAUGCUACGUUGGAGUUAGGAGCUGGGUGGGUACAUGGUACAACAGGAAAUCCAAUAUGGGACUUCAUAAAGAAGUUCAACAUAAGUGGCUCUAUCACGGACUACGAGGAUUAUACAGCGAGAGAUGCGAAUGGACAAGACGUCACUGCUCAGUUAGAUGCUGCCUAUGAACGCCUGGAAACUGCUCAGAAUAUUGAAAACCUACUGGAAACUUACAAAUCCAAGAACAACGGAAGUGACAUCAACAAGAGAGUAGCUCUAAGACUCGGAGGUUGGGAUGCUAGAACAACCUUUGAACACGCAGCUGAAUACUUUGACUACGACUUUGAAUACGGUGUUCCAAGUGAACAUACAUCUCUCAUUCACGGUGCUUUGUCACGAAAUGACAAGUUUAGUCCCGAUGAUUAUCGCAUAGUUGACCCUAGGGGAUACCGAUUCAUAGUACAAGCCACAGCCGAUGAGUUUCUGAACCCCGGUGCUCCUCAAUUGAGGAUCAAUGAACGGGUGAUCGGAAUAAAUACAUCAAACAAAAAUGGCGUUCAAGUAACUCUCGAAUCUGGAGCGACAAUACACGCUGAAUAUGCCAUCAAUACCUUCAGUUUAGGGCUACUUCAGAGUGGGAAUAUUAUAUUCAAGCCAUCUUUAACAUAUAAGAAGCUUGAAGCAAUCAACUCUUUUAAAAUGUCUCUUUAUACAAAAAUAUUUCUGAAAUUCCCCUCACAAUUUUGGGAUGAAACGGAGUUCAUAGUGCAUACAUCUAAGAGGAAGGGAUACUAUACCAUCUGGGAAAAUCUCAACCAUAAAAAGGUAUUGUCCGGUUCAAACAUAAUAUACGCAACCCUGACUGGAACUGAGUCGCAACGAGUUGAAAUGUUGUCAGACAAUGAAAUAAAAUCAGAAGCGAUGGUAGUCCUGAGGUCAAUGUAUGGCGAUAAGAUACCGGAUCCCACUGCUAUCCUAGUAUCACGUUGGGCAUACAAUUCGGCAACUCUCGGCUCUUACUCGAACUGGCCGAUUGGGUUUGAUGAAGAUAAUCACGCUAAACUUAAAGAACCGGUUGGACAUUUAUUUUUUGGUGGAGAGCACACUAAUGGCCCUCAUUGUGGUGAGGUAACUGGGGCUUAUUAUGCAGGUGUAGAUGUUGCCAACGAAGUCAUUCAAUGUAUCGCUUCAAAGUGUUGACUUAAAACAUGACAUCAUCACGAUAAUGAGCCAUUUAAUUAUUUGUUGGUAUUUUAUAUUUGAAUAUACAUAUGAAGGAGAUUAGUGUAGACUACAAAACUCGCACCGGAAAACACUGACAACGGUAAAGUCAAAU